CAGGUGAUGGAGCUGUUGACGAAAUAUUCUCCAUUUGAUGCAAUGCCUCUAGGAUCAAAUGCUAUGGUCAUCGCUAUACCAAGUCACUCAUUGGCCAGAAGCAUGUUGCGAGAGUUUGCCAACGACAAAAAUUACUCAAUUUUUCGUUACAGCAUGUGGAAAGAAAGCAAAAUUAUCAGAAGCAUGAUUUGGAGUGGCUUACUCUUGUCAACCGGAUUCUGCCUCGCUACAGUCAUUCAUCACAUUGUGAGAAAGUAGAUUUCAUUGAUGAUUUCUCAAGGACAUUUCAAGGAUGUUUCUGUGCUGACUAUAAGAGAGUGAUGUCAAUCACUCGAAGUGAUGAUGUCAUAGAUAUUUAUAUUGAUUGAAACGGCAGUAGUUGUGACAUUUUCAAGUCGUUUUAUUCAAUUGGAAUAAGCUCUCAAGUUUUGUGAAAUUGAUUUUGGAUGAUUGAGUCAAGAGUGUAUAAUAAUUAUUGAAUAAAUUUAGCAAUAUCCAGUUAUGGAACUUACGUUUUUGUUGUAUACUCUGUGAUAAUUAGAAAAAUAGUUCUGAUGUUUUGUUUCUAUUUGAUAAAUGUUUUAUACAUUAAAAAAUGUCAAUGAAUGUUACAUUUAACAUUAGUUAAUUGUGAAUUUUACCACUAAUGAGAUAAAGAUUAAUAUUUUUG